AUGCCCACGGUCCUGCACAACGGGCACGUCUUUGUCGCAGCCAGCGACGAGACACCUGAUUACUUUGCCAGCGCUAUCAUCCUCGACGCGAGCACGGGUAAAAUAACAUACGUGGGCGAUGAGACGGACGCCACUGUCGUCGAGGCCAUGGCCGCACCGGGCGCCGUUCUACACGACAUUCAGGGCCGCGUUGUAAUUCCUGGCUUUGUUGAUGGGCAUAUGCACCUAUGCCAGACCGGCGCAUCGCUACAGAAGCUGAACUUGCGCACGCGCAAGAAUCUGCGCGAGAUUCAGGACGCAAUCCGCGUCUACGCAGCCCAGCAUCCAGAGCUUCCGCGGAUUCUAUGCCAGGGCUGGUUCCAUCCAUCGACCGACGGCAAUGAGCUCGCGUCGCAGCUCGACGGGUUCGACGUCGAUGGUAAAGACCGCCCCGUGUACGUCGAUGCUGAUGACAUGCACUCCUCGUGGCUCAACACGGCCGCGCUCGACGAGCUGGGUGUCGCAGACAUGGCGGAUCCCCCGGGCGGUCGGAUCCGGCGCGGUACAGACGGCAAGCCGUCGGGUGUCAUGGAGGAGACGGCGGCGUCAAAUAUUGUCUGGCCGUUUCUGGAGAGCAAGCUGACGGCUGAGGAGAAACAGCAGCACGUCCAGGCCGCCCUAGACGCCUAUAUGGCCGUAGGCUACACGGGCGUCGUGGACAUGGCCAUGGGUGAGGAAGACUGGGCGGCCCUCCAAAAGUAUCGGCAAAAGUACGGUGAGCUACCGAUCUGGGUGGCCGCGCACUGGCUUGUCUUUCCUCGGACGUCGCCCGAGGAGACGUUGCAACAAGUUGACCGCGCGAUUGAGCUACACACGCGGUAUAACAAUGCUACCAGCCAGAAAUUCCAUAUCACGGGUAUUAAGAUUAUAUGUGACGGCGUGGUCGAUGCCUGCACCGCCGCGUUGCAGCAGCCAUACUCGCACAACAACAAGACAGUUGCGCCGAUGUGGACGCCGGAGGCUCUCGCGCCGGUGCUGCAGCGCGCCGACGCUGCAGGCUUGCAGAUCGCGAUGCAUGCCAUUGGCGAUGCCGCCAUCAAGCUGGCAAUCGACGGGCUCGAGGCUGUCGGCAACCCUUCCGGCCGGCACCGCAUCGAGCACCUCGAGACAACAGCACCAGAGGACGUGCCACGCCUAGGCGCGCUCGGCAUCACCGCGUCCGUCCAGCCGGUGCACCUCGACCCGGCAGGCAUGACGGCGUGGGAACGGCUGCUAGGUAAGGCGCGGUGCGGGCAUGUAUUUCCUUACGCAGCAUUUGCCGAGCACGGCGCUCCUCUGGCGCUGGGAAGCGAUGCGCCAACAGCACCGUACAACCCGCUGGCUAACCUGUACAUUGCGACGACGAGACGGUCAGCCAUGGACCGCAAUAGCACGGUACAAACGACACCGCAGUACGCGUUGACGCUAGCGGCGGCGGUGGCAGCGGCGACGCGCGGAUCCGCGAGGAGCUGCUUCGCCGAGGACAGGGUCGGACAGCUGCGCGUAGGCUGGGAGGCGGAUUUGGUGCUGGUCGACAUGGCGUGGGAUGCAGAGAUGCUGUUGGACGCCAGGGUGGCAGAGACCUGGAUCAAGGGAAACCAGGUAUAUACGGCUGCAUAG